CAUCGAUUGGGCUUCACAUCUGAGCAAGAUUUCCCUAUUAUAAACAUCAUAUAGCAUUAAACCAUUCCCCUGCUACGUACACAAAACAUAUGGCGGAAAAUAAAGGGCGCAAGAUUCUGGUUGCAGUCGAUGAAGGCGAGGAGAGCGCCUACGCACUCUCAUGGUGUCUCAACAACUUCAUUUCCCCCCGUAAUUCCAAAGAUACCCUUAUCCUCCUCUUUGCCAAAAAGCCUCUCGCUGUCUACUCAGCUAUGGAUUCAACAGGCUACAUAUUUUCGUCCAGUAUAAUUGCGAGCAUGGAGAGGUACGGGAACGAGGUGGCUGAGAGAGUGAUGGACAAGGCUACAAGGAUCUGCAAAGAGUUCAGCGAUGAGGUUAAGGUGGAGACGAUGGUGGAGAACGGCGAUCCAAGGGAUGUGAUCUGUGAGGUUGCUGAGAGGUUGAAGGUUGAGUUUCUGGUGAUGGGUAGCCAUGGCUAUGGUCUCAUCAAGAGGGCAUUUCUGGGGAGUGUGAGCAGUCAUUGCGCACAGAACGUGACUUGUCCGGUGUUGAUAGUCAAGAACCCAAAACCUCCUGCUGCUGCUGCUGCUCACCAUUAAUUUCAAUUUAGUUUUUACAAUGUACAGAUUGAUAGCUGGGUUGAUCUAUGUUUUCUGUUUUCAUGGUUUCCGUUUGGGCCGUUGGUUGGUGAAUCUGUAAUUUCUCACUUCUUCUACAUGCUUCCAUUUCUAUUUUACUUAUGCAUUUUAUGA